AUGGGCUGUGUCCGUGGUGUCCUCAUGCCCGGGGAGUCCACAGUGUCCCCAUGUUCUGCUGCAGCCCAGGGUGGCCUCGGUGUCCCUGUUCCCAAGGUGUUUGUGCCACAGGGAUGUGCCCAGACCCUCAGCCUCGCUGGAGCCCAGACCACCCAGCUCCUCGUAGAGUCCCCCUGUAGGCCGGCGGUACAGUGGGACUGGGUGACACUGACCUGCCAGGGCUUGGGGACUGCCAGUGACACCACCUGGUAUGAGGACAGGGGGCCGAAGAGACAGCAGGAACUCGACCAUGUCACUGUCACCGAGAGUGGCACCUACACGUGUAACAGACCUGGCAGUGGGCGCAGGCCCCCGGUGACAGUCUCAAAUGAGGGGAACACCAGGAAUCUGGUGCUGCAGGUGCCAGCACGGGCACUGCUGGAGGGGGACACGGUGACACUGCGCUGCCGGCGCAGGGACAACAAAUAGUUCACAAGUGUGUCCUUCUACCGUGAAGAGAAGCAGCUGAAGAACCCCAAAGAUGGGACUGAGCUGUCCUGUUCCCCCCUGCAGCUGAAUCACAGAGGCUACUACAGCUGCAAGCUCUGGGUGGUGUCACAUUGGAGCGAGUCAAAGUGGGUGACAGUGACAGUGCACAGGGUCCCACUCUCAGGGGUGUCCCUGUCAGCGCAGCCCCCUGGGGGACAGGUGGCACUCGGAGACAGCCUGGUGCUGAGUUGCACGGUGGCCGCGGGGACAGGUCCCCUGUCCUUCUCCUGGCACCGGGAGGGCUCGGGGGCACUCCUCAGCACUGGCCCCCACCUGGAGCUGCAGCAUGUUGGGGACAAUGACAGUGGCCAGUACCAGUGCCGGGUCAGCAAUGGGGAGAGCGUGGCCGAGAGUGACCCUCUGAAUGUCACUGUCCUGGUGCCCAUGUCCAAUGUCACCAUCACCCCUGGUCCCCUGUCACACCAGGUGCCUGCAGGUGACAACAUGACCCUGCACUGCUCGGUGCAGGUGGGCUCAGCCCCUGUCACCUUCACCUGGCUGCACAACGGGCAGGAGGUGGCCCGGGGUCCCCUCCUGGAGCUCAGGGACAUCGAUGUGGGAUAUUCGGGCACCUACCAGUGCGUGGCCACCAACCAGCUGGGACAGGAUGGGCACCGCGUGUUCUGGCCACUCAGCCCUGAGCUGGCCCUGGAGGUGUCGCCUGGCUCACCCUGGGUCACAGCUGUGGCCACAGGGGUUUGUGGGACCCUUUUGUUCCUGCUCCUGCUCGUGGGUGUCAUUGUGGCCUGGCACUUGUGUCACCAUGUGGGUGGGUGA